AUGGAAAACACGAGUUAAUAGUCACAGUGAGUCAGUCAGUUCACUUUUGACCAAAUUGAAGUUGCUUGUUUCUAACACUCGUCAGUAGGGUCUCAUCACUUAUUUACAUCGCAUCAAAAAUGAAGCAACUGUUAGUAUUAUAUUGCAUAUUAAUAUGCAGCAACGCUUUAAAUUUGGAUUUUAUUAUGCCUGACGAAACGGAGCAAGUAAGAGAGAGAGUACCAGGUUAUUAUCCAAAUACACGAAAUUUGGAAUUUCUGAAUCCAGUAAACAAUGGAAGGCUCUAUGUUGAUAUUAAAAAUGUAAUUUCCCACGGAGUUGUUCAAUUUGCCUUAAAAAUUGAUGAUGCAAUGUCUAAAGCGAGCAGGAGUUUAAUAAAUAAAACUGAUGACAAUGAGAAUAUUAUUUUUUCACCAGUUUGCCUAGCUGGAAAUUUGGCACUUAUUAUGUUGGCAGCAAAGGGAAAUACUUUUCAGGAAAUUUCUCGAACACUUGGAUUGCAAUUAAACACUUAUGAAUUAACACCAAUUUAUUAUGAUGUUAUUCACAAAACGUUUGGUCAAUUACUUGGAAAAAUCGAUAGAAUGGACGAAAACUAUCAAACUAAAUAUGCGAAUGGACUUUUUAUUCAGGAAGGACAACAAAUAAAAGGCAAUUUUCAAAACAAAAGUACUGAAUUUUACAAGUCCGAUAUUUACGGUCUGAAUUUUUUGAAUAGUGUAAAGGCCAAAAAAACAGUGAACGAUUGGAUUAAUUAUAAAACAAAUGGAAAAAUUACGGAAAUUUUAACUAAAGAUCUUCAUCCAAAAUCGCAAAUUAUUUUUGCAUCUGCUUUAUAUUUCAAUGCAGAAUGGAGUCAUCCUUUUUCAGAUUUCGCCACAAGAAGGAGUUAUUUCAAGAUUGAACCAAAUCAAUUUAUAAAUAUCGAUUUGAUGUUCACCUCUCAGGAAUUCCCUUAUUUCAUGAGCAAAGAGUUGGGUGUUAAAAUAAUCGGACUGCCCUACAAAAAUUCCAAUACAACAAUGUACGUUUUACAACCAAAAGUCGAAGGAGCAAUUGCCUUAAGAGAAUUCAAAAAAAUCUUAAAUCCAUCAAUAUUAGACGAUUUAAUUCGCAGAAUGAAGAGUCAAGAAUGCAUUGUUGCAUUCCCAAAAAUGAAACUAACAAGUUCAUUGCGUUUAAAGCAUACAUUGCAAUCUCUUGGAAUGAAAACUUUAUUUGAGGAAGCUGAUUUGAGUUCGGGUUUUGCUUCAUUAAAAAAUAAUAACAAUCAAAAUGAACAUUCAACAUUAAUGGUCGAGGAUGUUUUACACAGUGUUGAGAUAAGUAUUAAUGAGAAAGGAACUGAAGCAUCAGCCGCAACAAUUGCUUCGGCAAUUGAUCGAAUGAACGAUAAACCAAAAUUCAUUGCCAAUCGGCCAUUCAUUUUUUUCAUUCGACACGAUAUCACUAAAUUAAUAUUAUUUUGGGCCACCAUCAAUAAACCAACGCCAAAUUAUAAAAUUGACGAAUAAAGUUAGAGAGAAAGAAAUAGAUUUUAAUUUAGUUACUUUAUUAUAAACAAAAUUC